UUCUUAAAUAGAUGCAGAAGUGGGUCCAUAUACACACAACAGUUCUGCUGAGCUUCAUUUCCUUUCUUCUAAAACACUGAAGACCCUUGGAUUCUGCUUACAAUACACUGGUCAAAGUUUCGAACCAUGCUUACGCACUUCACUGUGGCAAUGACCAUCAUUGCAGUGGCUGAUGCAUGUGUGAUGUCUUGCGAGUGUGUAGACAACACCACUAUCACUUGUUUAAACAAGAAUCUGUUGGAAUUGCCUCUACCUCUGCAAGGUACCAAGGACCUCUUUGUUAGUAACAACCGGAUCCAGUCUCUCCCCAGUGAAGGUUUAGAAGAAUUACAUGUCCUUGAUCUUACCAACAACCACCUUAGUGAGUGGCUUACUGGUACUACCAGAUUACCAAACAUGAGAAGCCUUACUCAGCUAUUUCUAAGAGGAAAUGGACUUAGUACUUUUAUGACUGGACUAUUUCAAGAACUGAAGAAUUUGACUUACUUGGACCUCAGUGAAAACCGUGUUAAAAUUAUCCCACAGAAAUUCCUACAAGGUCUGCGCAACCUUCAAACUCUUAUUUUGAGCUUAAACCAGAUAAAUACACUCUCCUGUGGAGCUUUUGAAAAAGCAUCUGCACUUAGGGAGCUCCACCUGAACAGUAAUAACAUUGAGGUGCUGGAUACGUGUGUGUUUGAAAACUGUGUCAAUCUGAAAAGGCUCUUCCUGUCUAACAACCGUUUGAAAAGUGUAAAUCAAGGGACCUUCCGAAGCGCACUUGGCCUGGUUCACCUUGAUCUCAGCAAUAACAUGCUUACCACUGUGCCUACUGAUGCCCUUAAGGACACCUCUAAUCUCACCAGCCUCUACCUGCAGAAAAAUGCUAUCAUGUUUGUUCCUGAAAAUGCUUUCUAUAGGCUAUCGGCAUUAAGAAAACUGUAUCUGAACAAUAACCGCAUUGAUAUUUUAGCCGUUACCUCUUUCAGAGGUCUUUACCAGCUUGGUGAUCUAGAUUUAAGUUUCAACCAGUUGCAAAAUCUCUCUUCACAGGUAUUUCAAGCUCUAGGCAAACUAGAAAACCUUAAUCUAUAUCACAAUGCCUUGGCAUUUCUUCCAAACGGCCUGUUUAAUAAUCUGAAAAAGUUAAAUGAACUACAGCUUGACAGAAAUAAUAUUCAGGUCAUCCCACCAGAUCUAUUUCAAUCACUUUCAAAGCUCAGGUAUUUACAGCUAGAUAAUAAUCAUAUCUCAGAGCUCAACCUAUCCUCAUUUGCAACAAUGAGAAAGCUUAAACACCUUGAUCUAAGCAACAAUCGUUUGACAAAAAUUUCAAAGGGAAUUUUACACAAGACACUGCUGCCACUUCAUGAUGUCCAACACCAAUCCUCACAAGGGGGUCCUGCACUUAGUGAAAUUAUCCUGAGCAAUAACAAAAUUCAGGUGAUAGACAAGCACGUGUUUGAAAACUACACCAAUUUGAACAGACUCUACUUGUCCAACAACCAUUUGAUAAAUUUAGAGGAAGGGACCUUCAGGGGUGCACUGGUCCUGACUCAUCUUGAUCUUAGUGAAAACAGGCUUACCUCUGUACCCACUGGUGCACUUAAAGAUAGCCCUAAUCUCACACACCUUUGCUUGCAGAACAAUGCAAUCACAUUCGUCCCUGAAAAUGCUUUCUCAGGACUAUCUGCGCUGAAGAAAUUAGACUUGAGCAAUAAUGCCAUUUUAAAUUUAAAUGAAAAGUCCCUGAUGCCUCUUUACAAUCUUGUGGAGUUAGAUUUGAGCUUCAACCAACUGCGAACUCUUACAAGUGUGCUUCAAGACUUGAGGAAACUGAAGAUCCUUAAAUUGCACCAAAAUCGCCUAGUAUCACUUCCCAACGGUAUGUUCAACAAUUUGACUGAAUUAACUGAACUACGGCUUGAUAGUAAUAAUCUUUCUGCCAUCUCACCGGAUCUAUUCCGUCCACCAACUGAACACCGAGAUUUAGACAUGGAUAGUAAUCAUAUCUCUGGGUUUAACUCAUCCUCAUGCACUGCACUUACUAACAACCUCCUGACAAACCUCCUGACAAAAAAUUCCAAGGCUCUUUUCAACGUUACACCACAAUCCAAUGAUAAUGUGAAAUCCCUAGCCUCACUAACAGAUGCUGAACUUAGGGAGCUCUUAGUCAGUAAUAAUGCUGAGAUGAUAGAUAUGAACUGCACCACCGCAAUCAGGCUCUAUCUGUUGUUCCAGCACAUAAAAAGUGCAGAGAAAGGAACUUUUAAACACACACUGAGAUUGACUGAUCUUGAUCUCAGCAAAAACAAGCUCACUACUAUCCCCAGUGGUGCCUUUAAGUAUACUACCAAUCUCACCAGCCUCUACUUGCAGAAAAAUGCUAUCAUCUUUGUCCCUGAAAAUGCUUUCUCUGGACUAUAUGAAUUGAGAAAAUUGGAUUUAAGCAAAAAUCACCUGGUUAAGUUGCAUCAGGACUCCCUGAUGGGUCUUUUCCAGCUUACUGAACUAGAUCUGAGCUUCAACCAAUUGCAGAAUCUCCCCUCAAAUGUGUUCCAAGACUUGGGCAACCUGGAGGUUCUUAAUUUGUACCACAAUGCUCUGGCAUCACUUCCCAGUGGCUUGUUCAAAAAUCUGACCAAAUUAAGAGAAUUAGUGCUUGAAAGAAAUAAUAUAUCUGUCAUUGUACCAGACCUAUUCCACCCACUAACUGAACUCCGAGAAUUACAGCUGGAUAGCAAUCACAUCCUUGAGCUCAACUCAUCUUUAUUUAGAACACUGACAAAGCUGCAGGAAAUCUAUUUAAACAACAACUUAAUAAUGAAAAUUCCCAAGCAUUUUCUACAGAAAGCACAACAUCUGAAAGUUCUACAUCUGAUGAGCAAUCAUAUUGACGCUGUUUCACAGUUUGCUUUCAAAGGCCUUAACAGACUCCGUUCUCUGAGACUCAGCAACAACAGCAUUUCUUUUCUCCAUCCUCAGACGCUGACUGGUCUUGAUGACCUAAGAGAGCUCGGGCUAAAUAUUAACCAGAUAGAGAGGCUCCCAUCUGGGUUUUUCGCAGGGCUUCAAAACUUGAGGAUGCUCGACUUGGCCAACAAUGUUUUGAGUUCCCUGUCCACUGAUGAUUUCAAAGACUUGACAACAUUAAGAGAGUUACACCUGAGUUUCAAUAAACUCAAUAAACUACCACAUAACAUUUUUAGGGCUCUGGGCAGGCUGCAGAAGCUCUUCUUGCAAAACAACCUCCUGUCUCACUUACCUCCAACAGUGUUCUCUCCUUUGACCUUUUUGCAAGAGCUUGAUUUGGAAAACAACAAGCUCCAGCAUCUUCCCACUGCACAAUUUCAAGGCCUGAAGAACUUGAGACAACUACAUCUCAAAUCGAACAAACUACUUUCACUGGAUAAAGGGACCCUGGAGGCUCUGACAGCGCUGAAAUCCAUAUAUCUCAGUGCUAAUCCAUGGGACUGCUCUUGUGCAUCUAAUAUGUAUGUCAGUACAUGGAUCAGUAUGAACAGUCAGUUAGUAAAGGAUAACUCCACUUGCUCGAGAAAUCUUUCUCUUCCUGUCUCAGAUUUACAGCAUUGUAUCAGUGCAGCGCAUUUCUCUGCAUGUACACCAUAUAUGCACAUAACAACCAUUAUGACAAUUUUCAGUGUGUAUGCUUAUAUUCUGUGAGAUCACUGUUUUCGUACAAAUUCCUUUUGUUUCCUUUUGCUAUAGUACAAAAAAUGUACCUUAAACUCAGCCUUAGUGUGCAAAUGUUACGUUGUAAAACAGCAUUUUAAAUGUGACUAUGAUUAUCAAUGAUUUAUUAACAUUUUUUAUUUUAGCCUCAAACGUGGCGUCUUGUAUAACCUUUAAAAAUUCUCAUCGCCAAGCUGACUUUUUUUUUCUAAAACUGCUUUGUGAUGAUGUGUAUCAAGUGCUGUACAAAUAAAAUGUUUCUGUAAUAGCUUCCAAAAUUAAA